CGCCGAUAUGAGCCACUCGUAAGCCAUGGCUCAGAGGCGGCUUAAGAAGUUGUCGACGCCAUCGAUGGCCAAUACGACCACUACUGCCGUCUCUAAUGAUAAUCACCACAUGACUACCGCUCCAGACAUGACCACAAAUGGGAUCAAAUGCGUGGAACUCAUGCGCACCGCACGUGGCUUUGGGUUCACAUUGUCUGGCGAAAUGCCGUCAAUACUGACGCACGUGAAAGGCGUGGCCCACCGGUCGGGCCUACGGAGCGGCGAUUAUCUCAUGACUGUCCACGACAUGGAUGUGCUGAACAUCACUCACGACCGGAUCGUUGAGCUGAUACAACGCACGACCGGUUCCCUACGGCUCCGAUGCCUGGCCUCUGACGGCAACUACUUGUCCAGCAAUACGUCCGACGAGGGCGAGGAGGACGUGGACUGUCGUCACGUCGUGGACACCGAUGACAACCACCGGAUCCACGGCUCGCAUCGGAAGUCGAGGCCGCCAUCGGCAGCCUCGCAGACACUGUCCUCAUCAGCGCACAGACACCACAGACACCACCGCCCGGACAGCACCGGCGGUCGACGCCAUCACCGGACGGCCGCCAAAGUGUACAACGAUUUGGCGGACAAUGUGUUAACCGCGGGUCGCAGUCGAGGGCUACCGGCGCUCGACCGACUCGUACUGCCGUCGCCGCACGUGCACCACAUGGCCGGCGGCGGUGGUCACCGACUGCCUGUCCAUCACCGGGCGUUUAAGUCUAAUGAACCGCUCAUUGACUUACUUCUGGAGCAAAAGUUGUCUCAAAUCCAGUGCAAUAUCAGUGAAAGUGAUUCAAACAACUCCUAUAAAAGCAAUUCACUGACAAAGAGUUAUAACUAUAAUAAUAGUAACAAUAAUAACAGCAAUAAGUGUAAGACUCUAUUGAGCCGUAAGUCCAGUGCCAUCAGCGAUGAGACCCAGACUAUAGGGGCCGACGGUAGUGUCGGUGCCGCACCCCCUAUGAGACGGACUACUAGUGAGACUAAUGUGGGCGCUAUUAGUCGCGCGUUAAAUAUUUAA